CUGUUUUUUGUUUUGCUUGUAUUCCUUACCUUGAUUUUUAUUUAAAAUUGUUAUGUUAAAAAUAUGAUUCAUAUCCGAAGUUUACAGUACAAAACAGCUUUAGUCCUUUAUCAGAAUCAUCAGUCUUCGAUAUGUGAGCGGGCUUUUUCUUGUAUUUCUUCAGCAAGAAAAAAAUCGGCUCCUGUCAGCACUAACAUUGUACCAAAUUCGCGUGUAUGGCUGUUACAACACCGCACGCUUUCAGAAGCCGCAAGUGCUUCGCCUAUAGUAGCUGGACAAGUUCAAUCACCGUUCGUGGGAAUUUGGCAUACACUAUCGCAAAGCACACCAGUUGCUUACAUUCAGGAUGCAUUGACAGUGAUUCAUGAUUACAGCGGAUUACCUUGGUGGGCUUCUAUUGUUGCGUCCACCGUACUUUUUCGCACCGCAGUAACACUACCAUUAGCCAUAUAUCAAAAUAAAAUAAUGGCACGGCUGGAAUUAUUGACGUUGGAAAUGCCGGCGAUAGUUGCUGAACUGAAGAAAGAGGCUGCAAUGGCUAUGAAAAAGUUUAAUUGGACUGAAAGUCAAACUAGACUAGUAUACAAUCGGUCGUUGAAAAAACAAUGGAAUGCGCUGAUAAUUCGAGAUAAUUGCCAUCCAGCAAAAACAUUUAUUGUGCUGUGGGCUCAAAUACCUUUGUGGAUAUGCCAAUCAGUAGCAAUAAGGAAUCUUGUGCAUAUGAUGCCCGAUCCCACAUCAUUGCAGGCACAAAUUAUAUACACCGAAAUGACUAUUGGCGGCUUUGGUUGGAUACCAAAUCUAACCGAAGUAGACAGUUCUUAUAUAUUGCCUGUUUCACUUGGCUUAAUCAAUUUGGGUAUAGUAGAAAUGCAAACGCUAUUACGAAAUCGUCCUACAACGCGCUUGCAAAAAUAUGCGACAAAUGUGUUUCGAGUACUGACCAUUGCAAUGGUGCCAGUGGCUUGCUCUGUACCAUCGGUUCUUUGCGUUUACUGGGUGGCCUCUAGUAGUUACAGUUUAGUGCAAAACCUGUUGCUGGCUUCGCCUCCUGUACGACGUUCACUAGGUAUUAAACAAACGAAUUCGGAAAUAUCGAAUCCCUAUGAACGGAUAUGGGCUAGAAUGAAAACUUUAACAACGAAAGCAGAUCAAAAGUCGAAAGAGGAAUCUACAAAUAUCACAAAUAAUGAACAAAAGUCGAAAUAGAAAAUUGGUUUUUAAGAUUAAAAUAUUUACUAAUUGCGCUAGAACUUUGUGUAUUUGUGUAAGUAAACAAAUUUUAAAUUAUUGAAAUAGUUCAAUGCAUUAAUUUUUUAAAGAUGUACGUAAUUUUGAAAAGUAGGUCUUAAGAAUAUAAAGCUACGAAUUUAUAAAAGUAGCUCAUCAUAUAAAAUUAACAGAUUAAAAUGGUUCUUUGUUAGAGAUGGCAAAAAAAAAAAAGAAAUCAAGAAUUAAUAAUACUUGAAGAAAUGCUAUGCAAAAUUUUAUAUUUAAAAACCCAACAACGAAGUAAAAGCAUGUAUGCAUAAA